AUGAUUGCUUGGAAGUCGCUCCUUCUUCUUGGCCUUGCCACCGUUGGCGUCUUUGCGGCAGACGCAGUUGAAAAGCGCGAGGAGAAGCCGACCCUCGUAGCUCGCGCCGGUACUCCCAGCUCUACGGGGUAUCACAACGGAUAUUACUACUCCUUCUGGACGGACGGUGCCGGAACUGUCUAUUACACCAACGGUAACGGUGGUUCAUAUAGUGUCACCUGGUCUGGCAAUGGAAACUGGGUCGGCGGGAAGGGAUGGAACCCAGGGUCUGCUCGUAACAUUGCCUACACGGCGGACUAUCGUCCCAACGGCAACAGCUACUUGGCCGUCUAUGGCUGGACGACGAACCCACUCAUCGAAUACUAUGUUGUCGAAAACUUUGGCACGUAUGACCCGUCGAGUGCUGCAUCCCGAAAGGGUACGGUCUACUCGGACGGUGGAACCUACAAUCUCCUCACCACUCAACGGGUCAACCAACCUUCCAUCUUGGGUACGCAAACCUUUUGGCAGUUCUGGUCUGUUCGUCAAUCGCAUCGUUCAAGUGGAAACGUCAACAUGGCGAACCACUUCAACGCCUGGAGGUCCGUCGGGAUGAACCUCGGCACCCACAACUAUCAGAUUGUCGCCACGGAGGGCUACUUUAGCAGCGGUAGCGCGACCGUGACUGUUAGCGAAGGUAGUGGGCAGCAGACCUCCCAGCAACAGUCGACCCGGCCGCAGUCGUCUCAGCAGCAGUCGAGUAGCCAGAACAACGGAGGAACUUGCUCUGCCAUCUGGGGACAAUGUGGCGGUCAGGGAUGGAAUGGGCCGACGUGCUGCCAGAGUGGAACGACUUGCAAGUAUUCGAAUCCUUGGUACUCUCAGUGUCUCUGA